UUAACCAGUGCAUGACGGCUUCAUCUCAGCUCCAGCUAAAGAGCAAACCGACAUCAGCUGAGUUAGCCUUGUAGCAAAGGAAUUUAUCAUCACGUAAAAUUCAAGAAUAGCAUUUUACAAAGUUACAUAUUAGCUGUUAAACUAAUGAAAUAGCUGCCAUCUAUCGUAACUACAGAAACACGGCAAAGGCAAAGGAGAAAUAACAAACCCGGCAAACAAAGAGGUCCUUUUUUCAACGACAACAUUUUUCCUCCAUAUUCAAUAGUUAUGAGUCAUGUGGCCGUCGAAAAUGUCCACGGUCUAGAGCAGCAGCUCGCUGUCCUAGACUUAAGUGCGGCAGACGGACAAGGUGGAGUACCUAACCGGCGAUAUAUUCCUCCACAUUUACGGAACGACGCUUCCAAAAAUGCAGGAAAUGCCUUUGCCGCUGGUCGACCUGGUGGCUACACCAUAGCGCCCGCAGCCAACUAUGGUUGGGAUGGGGGCCGCAACAACUUUGUCAAUGGCUACCAUGACAACCGCAUGGCUGGCAACACGUUUAACCGUGGCCCGCCUCGUAUGGAGCGGGGCCGAGGUGGCGUCGGAGGAGGUUACCGAGGCAACAGGGGCGGGGCUUUCAACCCCAUCAACCCACCACAGCCAAUGGCCUUCGGUUGCUAUGAAAAUAAAGACGCAGGCGGCUGGAACACUGCUAAAGACUCCUAUGGCAGUUUUGGCAACAACCGAGGGAAAUCUGCAUUCUUCAAUGACAGAGGCAAUGCUAACAGAGGGAGGUUUGACCAUGGUGGAUUUGGUGGUGGUGGAGGAGGAGGAGGAAACAACCGAUGGGUGGAGGAGUCCAGGGAAGAGGGAGACUGGUCCAAACCAACACCACGUAACGAACGCCUUGAACACGAGUUGUUCUCCGCCAGUAACACGGGGAUUAACUUUGAGAAAUACGAUGACAUUCCUGUUGAGGCCACAGGACAGAACUGCCCUCACCACAUCGAAAGCUUCCAAGAUGUGGACAUGGGUGAGAUUGUCAUGGGUAACAUUGGUCUGAGUCGCUACACCAGACCGACCCCUGUCCAGAAAUAUGCCAUUCCUAUUGUCAAGUCAAAGCGAGACCUCAUGGCCUGCGCACAGACAGGUUCUGGGAAGACUGCAGCGUUCCUGCUGCCGAUUCUCAGCCAGAUCUACACCGACGGACCAGGAGAAGCUCUCAACGCAGCUAAAGCAUCUGGACAGGAGAAUGGGAAGUACGGGCGUCGUAAGCACUUCCCCAUCUCACUGGUAUUGGCUCCAACCAGAGAACUGGCACUGCAGAUAUAUGAUGAAGCCAGGAAGUUUUCCUACCGUUCCAGAGUGCGUCCCUGUGUUGUGUACGGAGGAGCAGACAUUGGCCAGCAGAUAAGAGAUCUGGAAAGAGGCUGCCACCUGCUGGUGGCCACACCUGGAAGACUGGUGGACAUGAUGGAGAGGGGCAAGAUUGGACUAGACUACUGCAACUACCUGGUCCUGGAUGAGGCAGAUCGUAUGUUGGACAUGGGAUUUGAACCACAGAUAAGACGCAUCGUUGAACAGGACACCAUGCCGCACAAAGGCAUCCGACAAACCAUGAUGUUCAGCGCAACCUUUCCUAAAGAGAUCCAGAUCCUGGCCAGGGACUUCCUGGAGGACUACAUCUUCCUGGCAGUGGGCAGAGUGGGUUCAACUUCAGAGAACAUCACUCAGAAGGUUGUGUGGGUGGAGGAGAGCGAUAAGCGAUCUUUCCUCCUGGACCUGCUCAGUGCUACAGUCAUCCCCAGCGAGGUACAGGACAAUUCUGGAGACAACAUAGAGAAACCUGGUAAGGACUCGUUGACUCUGGUUUUUGUGGAGACCAAGAAAGGCGCGGAUGCCUUGGAGGACUUCCUGUAUCGGGAGGGCUACGCCUGCACCAGUAUCCAUGGCGACCGCUCCCAGAGAGACCGAGAGGAAGCCCUGAGCCAGUUCAGAUCAGGAAAAUGCCCCAUUCUGGUGGCCACAGCGGUAGCAGCUCGGGGUCUGGACAUCUCCAACGUGAAACAUGUCAUUAACUUUGAUCUGCCCAGCGAUAUAGAGGAGUAUGUCCACCGUAUUGGACGUACAGGACGAGUUGGAAACCUAGGGCUUGCCACAUCAUUCUUUAAUGAUAAAAAUGGGAACAUAACUAAAGACCUGCUGGACAUUCUGGUAGAGGCCAAACAAGAAGUUCCCUCAUGGCUUGAGAGCCUGGCCUAUGAACACCAGCAUAAGAGCAGCAACAGAGGACGCUCUAAGAGGUUCGCUGGUGGUUUUGGAGCACGUGAUUAUCGUCAGACGGCUGCCGGAGGCCCCGCUGGAGGGUUUGGAGGACGUGGAGGUCGUAACCAGGCAGGACAUGGAGGAACCCGCGGGUUUGGAGGAGGUGGUUUUGGUAACUUCUACACCAGCGACGGCUACGGAGGAAACUACUCACACUCUCAAGUAGACUGGUGGGGCAACUAGGUUCCUCCUUUCCCCCUUUACUCGUCCCUCUUUCUUCUUCUCACAGAUUCCUCCUUCCCUUCUUCACACUUGUCUGGACCUUAUCCAUCUCCUCCCCUUCAUUAACCCAAAGAACCCACGUGCAUGUUAUUAAACUAUUUAUACUCAUUUAUAUAACCCUCCUUCCAUCCCUAUGCACUCAGAUAUUUUAAUUCUUUUCCUUUACCUGUCCUUUCCAUCUUCACCUUUGUCUUUAAUGUCCCCCAUCUUUUCUUCUUUCUUAAUUUUUGGUAAAUCUCACCUCUUACGAUAGGCCACAGUAUAAAGGGAUUUCUUCAAUUUCAUUUGGUGUAAAAUAGUAGCUUACACUAGUUAGCUACCAGUUAGCACCAUCCUUGAGUUUCAGUAAGGACAUUUUGAACUAUUUUCCCUCUGUGGCAAGUGCUUGAAGGAAAAAUAACCAAUUGAAUUAAAGUUCUAGGUGUUUUUUGUUUUUUUUAAACCCCUAAGAUUAGAUGGGCAUUUAAGAUUUACAGUUAGUUGGUUCUACAAAACACCUGUAGAAAACCUGGGGGAAAAUCAUCAUGUUUUUUUUCACUUGAGUUUUGGCUUCAUUUUGUUUUUGUCUGCAUUCACCCAAAGCCAGCCAGGCGUCUUGUGUACCUUCACACGUCAUCUUUGUAUCACGCAUGGCCAUGUUGUAAAUCACCGGCCGAAACCUUUUUCUAAAAUAUAGCGCAGAGAUUGGCAAGAUGUCGAAUCUGAGCAAGAUAUGUCUGCAUAUAAAUUCAAAAAAAGGAACUGGCUGAAUUCUCCUUUUUAUUUACUUAAAAGCGGCCACAGAAACAGAACAUUUUUGGUUUUCUUUUCACCUUUUUUAAAAGAAGUCUUGAUUUACAGAGAUCUGAGAAAGAUGUCUAACAGAGACUGAAGGGACAAGGCUGGACAAACUGAAACACCCAGCCAAUGGGACGCCAGCAGACGUUGUCGCCCAUUAGCAAUGAUGCUAGCAAACAAGCAAUUUUCUUUGUUUGAAACUAAACAUAAUAGAGGAUCAUUUGUUUCUGUACUGUGCCUUUUAAGAAUUUGAACUUUGCCUCUUAUUUCCGUUGUUUUAAUUGCCAUGAUACGUACAUACGUGGCUACAAGUAUUGGCCAACUGUGACAAAAAGUGUAUUUAAUGUCAUGUAUGGGUUUAAACGUGUUUUUCUUUAUUUAUAUUUGGAAGGAAACAAACUAGGCUUGAACUAAAUCAAACCUUGGCAAAAAAAAAAAAAAUAAUCAAAAACUGCGAUGAGAAAACUCAAAGCAAUUCCUUAUCUGUUUAUUGGAGUUCAAAUUCGUCAGUAGACGAAUGACCUAUGUGUGACCUAUAUGUCACAUAUAUCUACAGCUUUGGUUUGAGCUUGAGCUUGAGUUUCUCAAAGGCAUCUUGUCACUAAUUGUUGGGUCACCUUACGUCAGUUACAGAGCCACUGAGAGAGAGGUUGGCAGCAGUCAUUUUAUUUGAUGUUAAUUCUCUUACCAUUCAGACAUGUGGUUGACAUGUGGCAGAAGUCUUUGGUAUCUCCCAGUGAGCAUUGCAUAAAUGUUUCCAAGCAUAGCAAUAAUUUCAAGAUCAGUGCUCUUGGAUAAUAUUGGCCAAAAAAAGGGUCUUUUCACAGUAUGACAAUUAUCUAUGCUAUGAACUAGGAAAGGCUGUAACCAUAUCCAGCAAUGAUGUGAGUAAUGCUACAACAUUUUUACAGUAUAGACAUUAAAACCACUACAUGGCUGCUGCUGAAAGCAACAGUUAACCAAAGGUGGCUGUUCAGCUGACUCUUAGUGCCACCAUGCUUUGGGAAACCGGCUCCGCUUCCACCACAAACAUCGAAACCCUUGUUUGCCAAAAGCUUCUUUCAGGGGGGAUACACAACUUAAACGCUUAAGAGUUCAAAAGUUUCUCGCUCACUCUAUCCUGGAGAGUUGCAUGAAGAGUCUUCUCUAAAAUAAAUCAUUCCAGUUUAUUCGUUAGGUCAAGAUCUGUUCGGGGUCUGCGACAAAAGUGAAGACUUGGAUGAUCUAGCCUAACCCAUUUCACAGCAGGGACAGCUCAGUUCCAGCCGUGUCCAUAGGACUGGCAUUGCUUACUUGGAUCAUGUAUUGGAGGCUUAAAGUUUUUCCCCAAACUGUGCCUGCACCUUGUGAUUAGUUCACGUGUGACGCCAUCUUCUUUAUCCAGAUUUUAGUAAUUUUUCUUACACACCAAAUGUAACUAUGUAGCUUGUGCUUAAGAUUUGCAUACACUCUGAUUCUUCCUAUUCCUUCAACACAUACGAGCCCAUUAUGUUCUAUUCCUCUAUGCUACUUCUGUCUGUAAGUCAGGCUGGUGUUUGCUGCACUUUGGCUAGCACUUUAACUAAGCUACGAAUGUUAAAAAGACAACUAGCGCAUAGCACAGUAAGAUACAAGGCCGGUAAAGUGUGCUAGUGGAAAAUUGGCACAACAGAACUGAAAAUCUUUGACUACAACAUGUAAGAAGAUCACAUGAUUAUUUUUCUUGUGGUCAUGUAAUCAAUGCCGGAUCCCUGGUCAGCCCGACUCAGCCCUGCUGUGAAACCAGACAUCCAUGUUUCAUCCCUGAUUGAACUUCUAAAAGGAACGCCACUGUACAUUUGGACGGUUCAGUGGUAAAAGUCCAAUCCCCCACUGUGUCAAUUAGCAGCAGAAUAAGACGAAAAAUGCUCUGUUGCUACCUGGUGGGAAAAUUGUAGAUUUACGUCAGGGUCUUAAUUGUUUUUGUUUACAUUUACAUUUUUAGUGAAGUAAAAUAUAGAUUAAAUGUAAAUAGUGCAACUCUUCUUCACACAAAAGAGAAGAAUCUCCACUGAAAAAGAAUGUGAAUUACAAGUGAAAAAACACUUGUGUAGAAAAUCACGUUUGAUCACUCGACGUCGGACCAGGCAGUGUCUGGUGAGCCUAGCUUAGUGGGCAAUUUGAACAUGGUCGGCAGGUUAAUUAUUUAGAAAUAUUAUUUACAGAAAGUACGUGUUUACACAUGCCAAAACCUAUAACGGGAAUUGAUUUACAAAUAAAUGCUCACGAGGCAGAUUCCCUCAAAUUGCCCACUGGCUUUGACAAAUGACAAGGCGGGACCAAGACAAUAAAACAUAUGCAAGUGUUGUUGUUUUUUGGUCAAGGAGUUAAAAAUGCCGAGCAAAUGGAUACAAUUCUACAGCAGGCUUUCGUUAUGUUAGAACUCAAAUAUUUUGCCGUCACCUAUGAUUUUCUUCUUUUUUUUUUUUUUUUAGACCACUUUUUUUAAUCCGAGGUCGUAUUUGUGUCGAUCAGUUUCCCUCGAGUACAGUUUGUAGGGAGUUUCGGGAAACUAGUUGGCUUUGACAUCAGUUUUUGAAGUGUUUCAGGCUGAGUAAUGCUGGAGGAGUCAGGAUUCAAGCAGACUUUAUCUCACUAAGCCCGUUUCACCUUCUAGUGGUUAAAAUGAGGGGCCAGUUUAAAGAGAGGCUACGUACAAGGACAGUUGAUAUAGGAUGCAAUGAUGCAACAUGUCCAACUGCUCCCCAUAAUUACUUCAAAACAAACCAUAAACUGAAAAUGAGUAAAUAAGUUUGCAUUAUCUUUCAGCUGUGUAGGAUUAACUGUCUUUGUAGCACAGAGCAUUGUCUUGUCGCUAUUGUUCAACUUGCACUCAAAUUCAGGCUAAACUACUGUAAACGCCACUUAAAACAGCGAUUUAAUUGUUGACCAGAACUGUGUUCGAGGUGUCCCAAUAGCUGAUUUUAGCACCAUUUUCUGAGGCCAUGAUAUUAAAAAUCCCACAUUUUAAUUUCUCCUGCAGCAAUGGUGGAUAGCCUCUAUCUUAGAGAGAGAGCUGUUGCUUCUCAGCAUGAAGGAAUAACCAGCAAGAAGAUACAAUUUAGUAACAGGACAAUACGUUAAGCUAAGUUGAAGAUAACAUUGCAAAUGACAAUCAAUUAUGAAGGAUUUGCUUAGGUCAAUACACACUUUACACAGCAACACAACUCUUGUUAACAGUCUUCGGGACGCCUCUACAUGUAGAAGUUUUCUAAAACAGCUGUCUAGUUGACAGUAGUUUCAUAACUGUAAAAUUUAAAACAUUGAGGAGACAGAUCUGCACAGGCAGACGACUCAAGCAUGUUACCUUCCAGUUACGCUCUUGGAUUUUGUUACAGUCCAACUUUUAAAUAUUGACUGAAUAGCAGUUUGAAUGUCUGACUGAAUUGUCUACUGACCGUCUUAUGUCCCUGUGCGGGAGGAGACGGCUGUUGCCAACCAGAAACUUGUGCAGUCUCUUGUGUUUUAGUAGUAAUGGAAAGUAUGCUUAAAUUCUGUUUUUGCUGCCAAAAGUCAAAGGCAUACCUUUUUUAGAAAGACACACAGUGAGGUAAAGCCACUGGAAGGAAUCUGGUUCAGUGUGGAGACAUCGCUGUGCCUUCUAACAGCCACUAGGGGGCAGAUAGAAUAACGGUGUUUAAAGGAAGAAACCCCUGUUCAUUUCACAUGCUGUGAUAAAAAAAAAAAAGAAAAAUGCCUGGAAUUGCUGAUAUAAUACAAAAUAUGAGCUAAUUGUUGACUGCUGAUAGUGCAGAAAGAAAUGUGUUUUACAGCAGGGAGUCAUGGAAGGUAAAACUUCCGUUUACCUUUUCAUCUUGUUUGUAGAGCAAUCUUGUCUAGUAGUGUUCAAAAUACGCACAUAUAUAUGCAAUUUACUUAAGUGUUUUUCUAGGGCCGACAGAUCAUAUCUGUCAGCUGUAAUUACCAUUGAAGUGUGUUGAAGCAACACCCCCGCCCCCCCACCUCAAAAUGCCCCCUGGGCUCCGAACUUCUGCAGUAAGUGCAAUAGAGAUCAACUACUUGUGGCUUGCUUUCACUUUGCUGUCACUGAAAUUCUCUGCAUGAGCUUUGUUAGGGCCGUUUUCGGUCUGUGCACCGUUUAGGGUGAGAGCAGAAACUGGCACAAGUGAAAUCAGCCCAAAGUCUGACGUGUGCACAGUGCCUUGAGUUGACUGAAUCACUGAUGUGUUGGUUAGGGCUGGGUAUUUUUUCACUACAGAUGAAAUAAACAAUUCCUUUUAAUAGUACAGAUACAGAAAUGAAUGCAUGCAGUAGGAGCGGGUAUGCAUGUGGCGUCACUGUACCACACCCAUCCCCCCCCCCCCCUAUAAUGGUAAACACACUAGUGUUGAGUGUAGCGGGGUGCGUUAAAGCAUUGCUGCAAACAUGUCCACGUUUAGGAGCUGUUGUGCAAUAGAUGGCAUAAACAGAUUAAGAAACAAUUCAUUCACAAGUUAGCAUGCUUUGUUAGCAUUUAGAUGUUCCUGCACGUAACCUCACAGGGCAGACAGAAUGGUUUUAGUGUCUCUCGCUGUUCGUCUUGUUCAAGUUAGUUGUUUGCCAUAGCGGGUCGGUUUUCACCACUCAGUAGUGUGGGAAUCGUGUAAAUAAAUCUUAACCCUCUACCGUAACUGAGCUUUAAUGUUAACAUUUGUUUUGAUCCCCAGCUUUACUAAUCUAAAGUAGACUAUGCUCAGUUUCAAUCCUCUGGAAGAAAAGUUAUCAUUU